AUGCUGUCAUUGUGGCCUCGUGGACAACGACCGACUAUUCAUAAGAGCGGGGAGCGUGUCGUCACCAGAGAUAUCAUGCUUCGCAGUUCAUGGGGACUGUUGUUGGCGCUGCCGCCAGCUCUACAUGCUGCUUUGACGACCGUCACACUCGAUUACGGUAUUUUCAACGGCCUUGCGGGCGAUACUCAAGGAAUUGUGUAUUUCAGAGGCGUUCGUUAUGCGGACCCACCUGUUGGAGAGUUACGUUGGAGGGCGCCUGUAACGCCACCCACAAGUCAUAUUGGCACAGUCGACGCGAGUCAAUUUGGUAGCACGUGCAUCGCAAACACACAGACCUCAACGACACCAACUACGUCGGAGGACUGUCUUUUUGCGAAUGUUUAUAUCCCCAUCAACACCACUGAAAAGAGUGCUCUCCCCGUCCUUGUUUACUUCCACGGGGGCGGGUUUGAGGUAGGCAGCAGUCGGGACGCUCCACCAGAAAACAUCAUUCAAGGCUCUGCGACGCCGUUGAUCUUUGUGACCUUCGAAUAUCGGCUGGGGCAGUUUGGAUUCUUGGGUGGGGAGGCGGUGAAAAUGAAUGGUGACUUGAAUGUGGGGUUGUUGGACCAGGUGAGCUUCUCGGCAGCAUUGCUCGGAAUGCGUGUCAAUAUUGCCAAGAAAGCCGGUCUCGAAUGGCUUCAACGGUACAUCCACAAGUUUGGUGGUGAUCCAAAACGGGUCACGAUUUGGGGCGAAUCGGCAGGUGCGGGAUCGACAAUGUUCCAACUAAUAGGAAAUGGAGGCAAGAACGCCAACCUCUUCCGUGCCGCGAUGGGAGACAGUCCUUCUCUGAACUUUGCUCCGGACUACAACUCGGAUUUCGUCCAGGGACUUUUUUCGCAAUUUGUUGGUUUUGCCGGAUGCUCCGAUUUGAAUAGUGCACAAACCAUGUCGUGCCUCCGAGCCCUGCCUGUCAACACAAUUGCGCUGGCAGGAAGCAGAGUCAACGCUAACCGAACCGCAACUCUCUAUCCCUUCGCCCCAUAUUUCGAUGGUGUUUUCGUUCAGCAACGCCCAGUGGAGGCCUUCAAGAGUGGUCGCUUUGCGCGAGUGCCCAUUCUCUUCGGCUCUAAUACUAACGAGGGUGCCCAUUGGUCUUCGGAACUUCCUGACCCGAACGCCAACACAUCUAACCCGAACGCCAACCAAAAGACUGUCUUCAACUUUCUCAAAGGGCAAUAUACGACCUUGUCGGAGACCUCGUUUGAGAAAGCUCUUUCGCAAUUCUACCCACUGUCGGACUAUGGAGGCUCGUUCAGCUUGCAAGGACAACAGAUGUAUGGGGAAAUGCGCUACAUCUGUACCGCAGUCAUGAUUGCGGGGGCAGCGCAUGAUUUUGGACUUGAAGCUUACCAGUACCACUGGGAUAAUCCUACGUUGAGCUCAGACCACGGAGCGGACCUAAAUGCAUUUUUCAAAGGCACUCAAGUGUUUGACCCUGAUGACCAGGCGCUUGUCAUUGCCAUGCGACAAUGGUUUACUUCGUUUGCCGUCUUGCAGAAACCCGUAGCAAACGAUGCCAUCAAAUGGGUUCGUGCCACUGACGCGACCGGGAGCCCGCGAAUUCUUCUUCAUCCUGGCGCUGUUGCGCUUGAAAACGUAACAAGCACAUUACGUUCGCGUUGCGACUUCUGGCAUAGCCUACACAAGGAGAUUAGCACGUAG